AUGGGUCUCUUCAGACUCUCUCAAUUUUCUCUCAAAAUUUACUUCCUUCACAUUACUCUGUUCUCCACCCUCUGUUUUUCGGGUGAUCCUACUGUUUAUGAAGAACUACUCAUCACAUGGCCUGGGAUUCAGAUGCGGCGUGAUUCGUGGCAAGAUGGAGUUCUUGGAAAGAAUUGUUCGAUUCCUCCAAAGUGGAAUUGGACAUAUGGGUUUCAAGUCAAGGAUCAAAUAGGGAGUUUCUUUUACUUCCCUUAUACUAAUUUCCAACGAACUUCUUGUGGUUUUGGUCCUUUUGUUAUUAACAAUAGGGUCAUUGUACCGAUUCCUUUUGUGUAG